AUGGGAUCAUAGUGUUGUGUAUAAGAGCGAAGCAUGAAUAGAGCAUCAAUAGCUUCUAAGGCAAUUCAAGAUGAGUUAGAAUACAUGAAAGAAUUAACCUUCUGUCAGUAAAGAAGACAAAUCUUAGUAUAUGAAGAUAAACCUAUAUGUUAUUUUCUAAGCAAAAUUGAAUUAUAGAAUGAUACCAUUGCGACUGCUUAUUCAUUGAAUGAGAGGGGAACUGCAAAUGAAUUUGAUUAAUAUCAACAAAUAUAAGAUGAAAUUGUUAAGGAAAUACAAGAUAAAUGUGAUUAUGGUAUAACUCCUAUUGAUGAUUGGAUUAUUUUAAGUGAUAAUGUCAAUUCAAAAUCCAUGUUGAAAUUAUUUAUUAAAUAAAUUGAAGUUGAUAAUUAAACAAAAGUUAAUGCAACAAGAUGUGAAUUUAUUGUUCCUGGAAAGCCUUAAAAUUUUAUUGAAUUUAUGAGUAGUUUUCAAAAAUAAAAAGAAUUAGAUUCUCGAAUUGAUGCUUUUUAUCCUAUAAAAAAGAAUGAAGAAAAUAAAGAAUCAGUUAUUUACUUAAGUUAUAAACCAAUAUUAAUGACUUCUGCAAGAGAAUUCAUAUAUUAUAAGAAAACGAAACAAAUUGACACAAAUGUUUUUAUAUAAUGUUUAUUAAAUAGGUUUGGUGUGACGUUAGUAAAUCUGUUACAGAUUCCCAAUAUCCAAUAAGAAAUAAAGUAAGAGGUGAAAUUUUGCUUAGUGGCUAUUUGAUUUAACCACUCUCAAAUUUAAUAAAUAAUGAUUACAUUAAAAAUAGGUAUAUAUAUUUAUUAAGAAAUAAAGAUUCAAAAAUAAAAAUUUUGAUGAUUAUUCCUUUGUUAGAAUGUACUCUUUAUGUGAUUUCAAAUUAUCAAUUCCUCUUUACAUGGCCAAAGGAUAAGUUAAAUAGGAAAUGAUUAAAUAUAUUGAUUUAGUAUAUGAAAAAUUAUAAUGA